AAAACAGAACCACACUACAGUGCUCUCAUAGAAACCACCUGUUUUUAAGACCGUGCUGUCUGCUUGUUACCCUGCCAAUCCAUCCACUCGUAACACUAACUACCCGUCAUCACAAAAUCAUGGCCGGAGCUCUUAACUUUACUCCCUCACUCAUAUACCGCCCAAUUUUCAAAGCUAAAACUAAUACCUCUAUUAGUAGAAAUUCAUUUAGCAUAAGGUCGUCGUCAACACAAACACCAGUCACCUCCAAAGACGAGCCGCCCAAGACGACGACGUUCUCUCCCCCACCCAAUUUCAAACCUCCGGAACCAAAGGCCUUCUCAAUUAGACCUGAUAAGAUUUUCGAUAUUCUGGGAGCUUCUCUCGCUUUGUUUUUUCGCCUUGGCACCGGUGCUUUUGUUUCUGGGUAUUCAGCUUCAGUUGUUUCUAAAGACGAGGUUCCAUCUGAUCAGUAUGCACUCGGAGUUGCUGGUUAUAAAAUCAAGGAGACAUCAAAGCCAGGUCCUCGACCUGAGUUACCUAUUGAGUUAUAUGAAUUUGAAGGCUGUCCAUUUUGUCGAAAGGUGAGGGAGAUGGUUGCAGUAUUGGAUCUUGAUGUUUUAUAUUAUCCUUGCCCACAAAAUGGACCAAAUUUCCGCCCAAAGGCUAUACAGAUGGGUGGAAAGAGGCAAUUUCCCUACAUGGUUGAUCCAAACACAGGAGUUGCAAUGUACGAGUCAGAUGACAUAAUGAAGUAUCUGGCUGAAAAAUAUGGUGAUGGAAAUGUCCCUUUGUUGUUGUCACUUGGUCUUGUAACGACUUUGACAGCAGGCUUUGCUAUGAUCGGUCGAAUGGGAAAGGGAAGUUCAUACACCCCAUCAAGACUACCACCAAAACCUCUAGAACUAUGGGCGUAUGAGCCAUCCCCAUUUUGCAAAGUUGUGCGUGAGGUCCUCGUAGAGCUAGAGCUACCGCACAUUCUUCAUAGUUGUGCUCGUGGCAGCCCAAAGCGACAGUUAAUCUAUGAGAAAGCUGGACACUUCCAGGUACCCUAUCUGGAAGAUCCAAAUACCGGUAUCCAGAUGUUUGAAAGUGCAGAAAUUGUCGAGUAUAUUAAAGCGACUUAUGCACUUUGAGAAGCUAUGAGAAGGAAAUCAGAAGCCUUGUUCUGCAAAGGCUCGAGAAUUUUAUCUAUAUACCGUGCUUUUAUACCCAAAAAAUUGUAAUCCUUAUUCUGAUUGAAACUUAUGGGAUAAAAUGUCCUGCAAUUGGCAAAUAUUUGUUGUAUAGUAGAAAGAACAUUAAUUUCACAAAACCUAAAAUGUAAGAAAAUCUGUCAUCCACUAGUUAUAAGAGGUGACAAUUGUUUGCGAAGGUAAUUUAUAGUUUAUAGUUGAUCAUGUA